AUGGCCACCAGCAAUAUCUUCUACUGCCUCAGCAACGGGCUCUCGCAGGCUUUUUUCAUUGCCCCUGCGCCGCUCACUGAGCGCAAUCUACCCGAUCAAACCGGUCGCGUCUUCUUAAUAACCGGCGGCUACACCGGCCUCGGCCUCGCCCUCUCCAACAUCCUCUACGGCGCCAACGGCACCGUCUGGCUCGCGGGCCGCAACGAAUCCAAAGCCAACGCUGCCAUCUCCCACCUCCAAGCCACCCAUCCUACCUCCACCGGCGCCUUGCAUUUCCUGUCCCUCGACCUCUCCGACCUCAGCAGCAUCAAACCCGCCGUGCAGGACUUCCAGCGCCGCAACCCCUCGGGCAAGCUGCACUGGCUCAACAACAAUGCCGGAAUCAUGGUCCCGCCCGCCGGCUCGCGCGGCAGACAGGGCCACGACCUCACCUACGUCACCAACAUCUACGCCCCCUUCCUGCUGACCACGCUGCUGCUGCCUAUGCUGCGCCACACCGCCGCCACGGAGGAGGCCGAGCCGCGUCGUCGCGGCACCGUGCGUGUAUCCUGGGCUGGGAGCGCCGCGUCGUACCUGACGCCGCAUGUCGCGGGCGUGGCGUGGGAGAAGGACGGCAAGGAGCUGGCGGGCGCGCUGGCGGAUCCGCAGAGCACGUACGGUAUCAGCAAGGCGGCCAAUUGGUGGUUGGCUGUCGAAUUUGGGCGGCGGUUUGGCGAUGAGGAUGGCGUGCUGCAUAAUUCCUACAACCCCGGCAACCUCAAGACGGAGCUACAACGCACCACGAAGGAAGUCGCGGGAAGGAUCGCGCACUGGUUCAUCCUCAACAUUCUGUGUCACCCGCCUGUUCAGGGUGCGUAUACGGAGCUAUACGCGGGCCUGUCGCAAGACUUGAGUCUGGAGAAGGGGGAUCAAGGUGCGUGGAUCGUGCCAUGGGGCCAGAGGAGUAGCAUGCGGCCGGACAUGUUGGCGGAGGCACAGAAGGGCGAGGAUGGUGUGGGCGGCAAGCUGUGGAGGUGGUGUGAGGAGGUUGUCAAGGAGUAUAUGUAG